AUGGCCAACAUUUGCGCCGGUCAAAUCUCCAAGAUUGUUCUCCCCGACCUGCGCCUAUGUUGCCCUUUUCCCAUCAGGAUGAGCCCCCACGUCGACGAGGUCUCUCAAGCCAGCGACCAAUGGAUCAUCGGUGGUGGCAACAUCACUGGGGCCCUCGCAGACAGCAUACGUGGAGUCAAGAGCGGCCUGCUCGCAGCCGCCGCCUAUCCCGACGCCGGUCCGCAGGAACUGCGCCUAUGCGCCGACUUCAUCAGUUGGCUGCGACAGUUCUACAUGGAUGACUGGACAGAUCGCAUGGAUCAGAAUGAGGCUCGGGACUUGAGCCGCAUCGUGAUGCAUAUUAUGACUCACCCGGAGGAGCCAGUGUCGGGGACGGGCUAUGCCCAACUGACGCAAGACUUCUGGCUCCGCUUGAGCGAGGCCGCCGAGGCGGGAACGAGGAAACGCUUCAUCGACGCGGUCUGCAGAUUCUUCUCCGCCGUUACUCAGCAAUCCAAGGACCGUGAGGCGGGUUCUAUUCCCGACCUCGAGACUUAUAUUCUACAGCGACGUGACACCGGUGCUACGGUGACCUGCUUCGCUUUGGCGGAGUACACGAACCACCUCGUUCUUCCUGACGAAGUCCUCGAGCACCCCAUCCUCCAGAACCUGAGGGAUUCGUCGACUGACUUCGUCGACUGGUCAAACGAUCUGUUGUCGUAUAACGUAGAGCAGUCCCAAGGAGAGACGCACAACAUGGUUUGCGUCGCCAUGACAGAGGGCAAUUUAGAUCUCCAGUCAGCCGUGAAUUUCGUCGGAGACAUGUGUAAAUCCGCGGUGGUUCGCUUCAUGAAGAACAAGGCCCUCGUACCAUCCUGGACGCCUGAGAUCGACGCACAGGUAGUGCUCUAUGUCCAAUGCCUCACCGACUGGAUGAGUGGCUCACUGCACUGGUCUUACGAGAGCGAGAGGUAUCUCGGGAAGCAGGGUAAACAGGUGAAGGAGACGGGUAUCGUCGACUUGUUGCCCCGCGAAGGCUAG